UAUUUCUUCUUCUUGCUGGUCUCGUGCUGCUUCAGGAUGGCCUUGGUCGAUCGGUUCUUGGAAGCAUAAGACGGUGCGUCAGCAUCAGUGAUGCAGAUGUCAAACGACGCAGCCGCCUGCCGCUCCCACACGCCCCGAGCGACGAUGUCCGCCCUGACCCCCCCCUCUCUCUCCUCUCCCUCCUUCAACACCAGCUCUCGGCGCACACCAGCCUCUCUUCACGCCAUCCCAAUCAGCUCGGCAAAAGUGUCCCGCAGCUCGUCGUGGCGACGAAUCACCAGGCCGUACCGCUUGCAGCACAGCGCAUGGUCGACGGUGAGGGGCUGGUUGCAGUGGUCGCAGCGUGCAGCGAGGCCUGGCGGGUGUCGGCCGUAUCGCAUGUUGAGGGCAUCUCGGAACUCCGCAGCAUCAAGAUCAGUGUUGUUGUCUCUCAGCGGGAGGGCGGUCAGCCAGCCGGACGUCUUGUAUUCGGCGCUGCGGGAGAGGACGCGAUGACGCUGGCGAUCGACGUGGGGAAGGGCGGCUUCUCUCUUGGCUUUGUGGUCGAUGUCCUGCUGCUGCCGGCUCUGGGUGAGGGCGUGGCUGAUGGUGGCACGAUGGUCGCCAGGGUGGAAAGGGGCCUUGCCCUGGAUGGACUUGGAAACCACUUUGGUGGCAGCGCGGGAAGCGGGAUAUACGGCUGCGGCUCGGUCGAGAGGGUCGCGUAUGCCGCAGGGGUGCGCAGAGAGACAUUCAUGAGAUACACACACUCCAAGUCCACACGUGCGUGCGAAGGGGUGCGCACACAGACAGUCAUGAGAUACACACACUCCAAGUC